UGAUUGAGGAGAGAGAAUCAUCUGCCUGCACCACAAGCCCUGCUGACCAGAUGGCAGCCACGGCACCUGCUUUAUCCCUCCCUAUAAAGAACGGUGCCUGAAAGAUAAAUCCAAAACCCUCUCUGCCUUCCCUUUCCUCUCUCCACCCUCCCCACUACUCUAAUUCACAGCUCAUUCCAGACACAUUCUCCAGCUGAGUACUAAAAGGGAAUUGUUUCUAUUGAAAAAUGAUUGCAGAACUCCCUGUGUUGAUACUGAGGCAGAUAUGAAAGAAAAGUGAGAGAAUUUGAGGGAGAAAGCAGCAUGAGAAGUAGCUAAACUUGGGUAAGACAGACUAUUUUCAGUCCUGUUUCACUCUUACUGUUUUCACAUCUGCAGUUCCAGGUCUGACGUACUUUUCAAACCACCAACUCAAUCUAUCAUAUCAAUCUUUCUACAGAAUCCAUGCCAUGUUCAUCUCAACACAGGUCUAUUCGUCCUACUAUCAUGACAAGCUAUUGUAAGAGUAUGAUUUUUAACAUGACUACAAAUCAGAAUUUUGUCAGUCCGUCCUUAUCAUUCUAAAACAAUUGCAUGUGCUGUGACAGUUGGUUGCAAGGUGGGAAACCUUUUGUUAAAACACCUUUUCACUCGAGCAAACGUGGUUUGUGUAUCAAUUCUCUUGAUGCUUCAACUUAUUAACAAACCUGUCAACAUGACAGAAUUAUAGCAAUCAGAUCUUCGUCAAUUUCAGAGAAUGCAUUUUUCUUAAAUGUAAUGACCUGAGGCGAAUAGCACACAUUAGUUACGCAUCACAAACUCUCACAGCUUAUUGGUUGAACUCCCGAAACUAACACAUCUGAUUGGUGUUGCCAUGCAGAGUUUCACACUUUUGACUGGUCUGGUGUUACUGUGCUAGCACCAGGCACUGCACUAUGGAGGGACGUUCUUACUAGGUUGCAUUUGCAGAUGCUUUUUCUGGAGAAUUGUAAUUACUGACAGCAAUUCAUUCUGGCUCAUCGCUGAAUGAUGUUGCCAGCAGUAGCAGGGCAGCUUGCUUCGGCUGAAGUGCAGAGUUAAAUAUUCACUGCUUGCAUACGGCUAGUUGCAGAACAGAGCAGUUCUGUGGUGCGAAGUUCUGAGUGCCUAGCACAAUAAGCAUGAUAUUGUGUGUGUGUGUGUGUGUGUGUGUGUGUGUGUGUGUGUGUGUGUGUGUGUGUGUGUGUGUGUGUAUAUAUAUAUAUAUAUAUAUAUUUCCAUGAGAGAAGCCCCAAACCUAUGUUUUAUUGGCCAGACACAAUCUGCUAAACUAUGACUUCUUCUCAGAGAGAGAGAGGAGAGGGAGAGUGGGAAGAGGAUAUGAGAGAGAAAGGAGAGGGAGAGUGGAAAGAGGAUAGGAGAGAGAAAGGAGAGGGAGAGUGGAAAGAGGAUAGGAGAGAGAAAGGAGAGAGAGAGUGGAAAGAGGAUAGGAGAGAGAAAGGAGAGAGAGAGUGGAAAGAGGAUAGGAGAGAGAAAGGAGAGGGAGAGUGGAAAGAGGAUAGGAGAGAGAAAGGAGAGAGAGUGGAAAGAGGAUAUGAGAGAGAAAGGAGAGAGAGUGGAAAGAGGAUAGGAGAGAGAAAGGAGAGGGAGAGUGGAAAGAGGAUAGGAGAGAGAAAGGAGAGGGAGAGUGGAAAGAGGAUAGGAGAGAGAAAGGAGAGGGAGAGUGGAAAGAGGAUAUGAGAGAGAAAGCAGUAGAUAGGACCACAUAACUUUCACGCAAGUCCUCUAAAACCAAACAGGGUACGGACAUGUGAGCAUAGAGAUUAAUUAAUGAAAUGCGGUUUUCAAAACAUCAUUACAAUCACCCCCCAGCAAUACAGACCCACUUAAAACGAGGAUUGUAUUAACAUGGCCGCAGCAACGUUGGCCGUAAAACAAAGCCACUAGUCACAGAACACCUAUUCAUGGAUCAGCACAUUUGCAAAAAGCUGUUCUUAUUGCAGACUGCCAGGGUGCUUCCUGAAGGCAGCUGAAAUGGAGGAAGACCAGGAGGAUGUUGAGACAAAAACUGUACCGUUAAUACAAAAACCGUGUUAAUUUGCUGCUGAGAGCGGUGGAGGCAGCCAGUCGUUGUAGGUGCCAGUUGUGAUGUGAGAUACACUGCCCCCUGAUGGCAGCGCUGUGUGUGUGUUAUGCAUCCCAUAAGCAUUUAGCCAGAACAAUGUCACCCUGCCAGAACUGCACAGUACUAAAGGGAAUUCAGGGGAACUGUGUGUGUGUUAAAACACUGAGCAUGAGUACAAAAUGCUGUGAGAGCAAGAGAGAGAGAGCGAGAGAGCGCGAGAGUGAAGGGGAAAUGGAACAUACUGUGACUUUGAAAGUUGAACACAAGAGGCACUAAUGUCCAAUGAACAUCCCACAUUAGAAUGAGUUAGCGUGUUUGUAUGUACACUGAACAAAAAUAUAAAUGCAACAUUCAAAAUACCCCAGAAAGGUUCCAUAAGCACAAAAUGCUUAUUUCUCUGAAAUUUUGUGCACAAAUUUGUUUACAUCUCUGUUAGUGAGCAUUUAUCUUCAGAAACAUGUGUGCUAUGUUCCUGAAUGUCAACUUCUGUCUGCAACUGCACUAAUAAAGUUUUUUUUAAUGGUUUAAUUAAAGAUAUUGUCAUAAUGUUAAUUUCACCAAUGAGCCAAUGAUUGACAAGUACCAAGGAACGAACCCUAACAGGGUGAGCGGUUUGCUGAUGUCAAUGUUGUGAACAGAGUAUCCCAUGGUGGUGGUGGGGUUAUGGUAUGGGCAGGCAUAAGAUAUGGACAAGGAACACAAUUGUAUUUUAUCGGUGGCAAUUUGAAUGCACAGAGAUACCGUGAGGAGAUCCUGAGGCCCAUUGUCGUGCCAUUCAUCCGCCGCCAUCACCUCAUGUUUCAGCAUGAUAUUGCACGGCCCUGACAUGUAUCCAUUCCUCCCUGGCCUGCAUACUCACCAGUCAUGUCACCCAUUGAACAUGUUGGGAUGCUCUAGAUCGACGUGUACGACAGCAUGUUACAGUUACAGAAACUUCAUACAGCCAUUAAAGAGUGUGACAACAUUCCACAGGCCACAAUUAACAGCCUGAUCAACUCUGUGAAGGAGAUGUGUCGCAUGGCAUGAGGCAAAUGGUGGUCACACCAGAUACUGACUAGUUUUCUGGUCCACACUCCUACCUUUUUUAAGGUAUCUGUGACCAACAGAUGCAUAUCUUUAUUCCCAGUCAUGUGAAAUCCAUAGAUUAGGGCCUAAUUAAUUUAUUUCAAAUUGACUGGUUUCCUAAUAUGAACUAACUCAGUAAAAUGUUUGAAAUUGUUGUUUAUAUUUUUGUUCAGUAUACUGUAUGUGUAUAAAAAAGAGAAAGAGGGGAAGGGAUAAUGGAGAAAUAAUUGCUUUUAUCAAGUGAGCGGGAUCUUGAUUCUAAAAAGAUUGGAGUCAGCACAGUCCCCCCACCCCCUGCUCUCCCCAGUCUCAUCAUCAGCAGAGGGGGCAGGCACUGUGCUGCAAUCCUCCUCUCUCUCUCCUUCAGACCGCUCUUUCCCUGAGUGCAUCAGGAGCCUGCAGAGGAGCGGUGGAGGAUGACUGGCGCUAUCAGGGGCACCCUGCUCUGGCAUGCUUGGAGGAUGCCACAAACCAGGAGAGGAUUUUGAGACGGAGUGAGAGAGCCUGUCAACCACUGGCCAACGCCAACACAGCACGAGAGAGAGAGAGACAGCGAGAGGAAGGGGGGGGUCCACCUUUACCAGAGAAGGAAGAAGAGCAAGGGAGAAAAAAUUAAGUGAGAGAGGAAGAAAUGUGAAAGAAAGGAAAAAUACCCCAAAAGAAAGCCAGCGCAAAAAAACAGAGAGCCAAAAAAGAAAAUGGUGCAUGGAUAAUAAGGGCAACUUAACACCCCCCAGAUUUGACUUGACAAUCACUCUCUCCAGCCAGCUGCUCUGAAAAAAAGAGGGGGGAGCAAGUGAGAGGGCUGGCCGAGGGAAGGAGAGAGGACGAAAAGAGCAAGAUGACGGAGUGAAGCGAUGGAGAGGAUCAGAUGUGUGUGAAUGAGUGAUGGUCUUGACGAAGAUCCAUACAGGAUCAAAACUGUGUCCUUCCAUUUAGCCCUCAUUAUGCUCCCCUACGCCCCGUUGGCCUGCCUCUUCCUGCUCCUCCUGUCGGGGGUGCUGGGGGGGCUGGUCCUGUCCAUCUGCCCCGCCGUGUGCUCCUGCAGCCGGGGCCACCGUGUGGUGGACUGCUCCUCGCGGCAGCUCUCACAGCUGCCCCCAGGCCUGCAGCACAACAUCCGCUUCCUCAACCUCUCACACAACAGCCUUUGGGGUCUGGACGACCAGCUCAGCCACUACGCCCACCUGCGUACCCUGGACCUGUCCUAUAACCUCCUGGGUCGCUUCCCUUCCGGCCUGCCCAGGGCCCUCUGGGACAUCCGGGCCGCUGGCAACCAGCUCCGAGCGCUGGACAAGAACGACACGGCCUACCAUUGGAACCUGCGGGUACUGGACCUGUCAGCCAACGAGCUGGAGAGGGUGGUCUUCAUCAACAACACCCUUCCCAGCCUACAUGCCCUAAACUUGAGUCACAACCGGUUCUGGACCGUGCCCACCAACAUGCCUCAUAAUCUGGAGAUGGUGGAUUUGGCCCACAACUACCUAGUUCAGAUCCUCCUGGGAUCAUUGGACCGGCUGCCCAGGCUGAGGAGGUUCUACCUGCAUGCUAAUCGCUUCUCCUGGGUGCCGGAGGGGGUAUUUGACCGGUUGGAGGGGCUCGAGUUCUUGACACUUGGGGAUAACCCUUGGGCUUGUGAAGAGGAGGAGAACAUCACACGGCUCUUGCUCUGGGCCAAACACACCCGUGCCGCAGUGUUGGGCUGCCCCUGCUACACUAGGCCAACAUGUGGGCAAGCCCAUCUGGCCACUCCAGGAGGGGAGUGGCACUUUACGUCCCACACAGAGCCUCCGCUGGGGGCUGAUGCCAGAGAGCUGGGCCGUGGAGGCCUCACACCGGAUAGAGCUGCAGUCGUCACUUCUGGGUACUUGGCUAAGUCUGCGUUGUUGGAGCCUGGGACGCAUGGAGACAGAGGGUCUGCCAACAGCUCGGGGGAUCAGACAUUGUUUGUGUUCAUCUCCACCCCCUUGCACGGCCUCUCCACACUCACAAGCACUACAGGGCAGCCACACUCCGCCGCCAAGAAGAAAAACACAGGAAGCACACAGAGCAGAAGCCACGGAGUCCACACACCAAUCCUGUAUUCUGUAGUCACCUGGAACCUUCUAGUCACGGUGACUGCCUUCAAAGCCUUCUAAACCCACCCGUUGUCAAUACUAGAGUCAAGUCUUGAUGGAUUUUGGAGAGGGCUAACCCUAUGUACAUAUGACCCAGAAUGUAAAAGGGAGAGGUUUGUUAUUGUUUUCAUUUUAAAGAACAACUUUCAACUGUUACUGCCUAAAUGUGUAUCCUCUCUUCAUCUUCCAACCAUUUGACCAACAUCUACAGAGUGAUGUUGUGCUGUAUGGCUAUAUCUUUCAAACUUGUAUACAAAUAAUAUCUAGGCAAAUGUAUACACAUACAGUGCAUUUGGAAAGUAUUCAGACCCCUUCCCUUUUUACACUUUGUUACGUUUCAGCCUUAUUAUAAAAACAUAUUAAAUAUAUUUUUUUCCUCAUCAAUCUACACAAAAUACCCCAUAAUGACAAACAAAGCAAAAACCGUUAUUUAGAAAAACAGAAAUACCUUAUUUAAAUAAGUAUUCAGACGCUUGGCUAUGAGGAUGGAAAUUGAGCUCAGGUGCAUCCUGUUUCCAUUGAUCGUCCUGGAGACUGGAAUCUUACUGGGGUCAAUUCAAUUGAUUGGACUAUCUAAGGUUGAUCCAGAUCAGUUGACAGUGCAUGUCAGAAAAAAAAAACAUGAAGUUGAAGGAAUUGUCAAUAGAGCUCCGAGACAGGAUUGUGUCGAGGCACAGAUCUGGGGAAGGGUACCCAAACAUUUCUGCAGAAUUGAACGUCCCCAAAAACACAGUGGCCUCUAUCAUUCUUAAAUGGAAGAAAUUUGGAAUCACCAAGACUCUUCCGAGAGGUGGCCGCCCUGCCAAACUGAGCAAUCGGGGGAGAAGGGCCUUGGUCAGGGAGGUGACCAAGAACCUGAUGAUCACUUUGACAGACCUCUGGAGAUCCUCUGUGGAGGUGGGAGAACCUUCCAGAAGAACAACCAUCUCUGAAGCACUCGACCGAUCAGGCCUUUAUGGUAGAGUGGCCAGACGGAAGCCACUCCUCAGUAAAAAAAGGGACAUGAAAGCCCGCUGAGAGUUUACCAUAAAGCACCUAAGGGACUCUUAGACCAUGAGAAACAGGGUUCUCUGGUCUGAUGGAACUAAGAUUGUGUCACAUCUGGAGGAAACCUGGCACGGAACAUGGUGGUGGCAGCAUCAUGCUGUGGGGAUGUUUUUCAGCAGCAGGAGACGAGUCAGGAUCGAAGGAAAGAUGAAACAAAGUAAAGAGAGAUCCUUGAUGAAAACCUGCCCCAGAGCACUCAGGACCUCAGACUGGGGGGAGGUUCACCUUCCAACAGGACAACGAACCUAACCGUACAGUCAAGACAACGAAGGAGUGGCUUCGGGACAAGUCUCUAGAUGUCCUCAAGUGGCCCAGCCAGAGCCCGGAUUUGAACCAGAUCAAACAUGUCUGGAGAGACAUGAAAACAGAUGUGCAGCAACACUCCCCAUCCAACCUGAGAGAGCUUGAGAGGAUCUGCAGAGAGGAAUCGGGAAAACUCCCCAAAUACAGGUGUGCCAAGCUUGUACCGUCAAACCCAAGAAGACUCUAGGCUGUAAUCGCUACCAAAGAUGCUUCAACAAAGUACCGAGUAAAGGGUCGGUCUGAAUACUUACGUAAAUGUGAGAUACACACAAACCUGUUUUUGCUUUGCCUUGUCAUUAUGGGGUAGUGUGUGUAGAAUGAUGAAACAAUUUAAUACAUUUUAGAAUAAGGCUGUAAACUAACUAACUAAAUUUGGAAAAAGUAAAAGGGGUCUGAAUACAUCUCGAAUGCAUUGUACAUGACUAAUAAUACUCUAUCGGUGCGGAAACAUGAAUGCUCUACUCUAUGUAGUCUAUGCUGCUUGUCCGUUCCGAUGACAGAUGCUGCGUUCUGGUUACUAUGAUAUAAAGAAAAGGAAAAAAAAUUAGAACGCAUUUAAUGUACGUGUUGUUUGAAAGAGUCAGUGUAUGACGUGAGAAAUAAUCUUUAAACCUUGGCAUCAGCUUGGUUUGGGGGUUAUCUUGGAGGGCCUGCAAGUUCUUAAAGUAGAAUUGACAGAUAAUCUACUUUGCAGAUAUUAAACAGACAAUCAUAAUGCCAUUCAAAAAUAUACAAUUCUUAUUUUAUGCAACAAAACCAACUUUAUAACUAGUUUUGAAAAUAGGUUCUAUUUGACUCAAUUCCAUGACGUUGAGUAAGGCUUUGUUGGUAGAAUAUACGGAUGCAGUUCAAUGCAUGAUUAAUACAGCUAAUUCUCUAAUACAUUUCUUGGUAGUCCAACAAAUAUUGCUAUCAAGUUGUAAAUCACACCUGGCCUGGUACAUUGUUUGCUGCCUCCAGCCCAGCGGGAUGCACCGUUUCAGUUUCAAUAACUCAAUAUUUUAGACAAAUGUACAGACGAUUGUAACUAAGGCUGGGAACAGCUAGAGAUGCAGGUGUCAUUUGGAUAGUUUGCAAGAAAUGUGAAUCACUUUGCUAGCUAGCUAUGCUAAACUUGAACAACUGUUUUCCACAGUUAGCAUAUAUCCUAGUUGUCAAUCAAAUGUAUUUGGCAUCGAUCAUGAAGAUCAAAAGGGGAGGGCAGGCAGGCAAGUUCCCAAGGGUUGGGACAAGUAUGCAUUGGCAGGUAAUCUGCAGAAGUAUGAGCAGGCUACUAUUCCCCAUUGCUUAUCAGUGCAAAUCUGACAGCCAAAUACUAAACAAGUUGAAGGGUUUAUCUACUUUUCCCUUGUUACAUUUUUAGCUCAUCUUGCUUUUGCUAACAUUAGUUGUUGAUCUUUUUGAUGUGCAUAGGCAACUGAGGGAGAUCAGGCCUACCUGUUGUUUGAUCAAUAGGACUCUAAAGUUCCCAAAUGUAAGAGGACUCCCGUGGAACACAAUAUAUACACAAUUAUGUGGACACCCCUUGAAAUGAGUGGAUUUGGCUAUUUCAGCCACACCCAUUUCUGACAGGUGUAUAAAACUGAGCACACAGCCAUGCAAUCUCCAUAGACAAACAUUGGAAGUAGAAUGGCCUUACUGAAGAGCUCAAACGUUCAACCUGGCUUUGUCACAGGAGGCCAGGUCAUCAAAUUUCUGCCUUGCUAGAGCUGCUCCGGUCAUCUGCAAGUGAUGUUAUUGUGAAGAGGAAAUGUCAAGGAGCAACAAUAUCUCAGUCGCGAAGUGGUAGGUCACACAAGCUCACAGAACAGGACUGCCGAGCUCUGAAGCGUGAAGCCCGUAAAAAUUCUCUGUCCUUGAUUGCAACACUCACUACCGAGUUCCAAACUGCCUCUGGAAGCAACGUCAGCACAAGAACUGUUCACCAGGAGCUUCAUGAAAUGGGUUUCCAUGGCCAAGCAGCCACAAACAAGCCUAAGAUCAACAUGCGCAAUGCCAAGUGUCAGCUGGAAUGGUGUAAAGCUCGCCGCCAUUGGACUCUGAAGCAAUGAAAACGAAGUCUCUGGAGUGAUGUAUCAGGCUUCACCAUCUAGCAGUCCGACUGAUGAAUCUGGGUUUGGCGGAUGCCAGGAGAACGCUACCUGCCGCAAUGCAUAGUGCCAACUGUACAGUUUGGUGUAGGAGGAAUAAUGGUCUGGGGCUAUUUUUCAUGGUUCGGGCUUGGCCCCUUACGAUUCGAUCACACCGACAGCAUCAUUGCAUUUUUGGUAAACCAGAAGUACAUUCACUUCCAGUAGAACGCUGCGUGUGCCUUGCAGCAUUGUGUUGCAGAGGCAGUUGCAGCGCGUUCUGUGUGGUGCAUACGUUGGAUUUAUCGAACGCAUGUGUCAAACUGUAUGCAUAUACGGCUUGACAGAAAUGGUAGCAGAUGGUGAAUGUGGAACAUUUGUUGCACACAUAUCCAGAUAAUCUGCAUACUAUUUUGCGCAAUGACACUAUCGGUGUGAUCAGGGCAUUAGUUCCAGUGGAGACAAAUCUUAACGCUACAGCAUAUAAUGCCAUUCUAGACGAUUCUGUACUACCAAAUUUGUUGCUAAGGUUUGAUGAAAGCCUUUUACUGUUUCAGCAUUACAAUGCCCCUGCGCAAAAAGCGAAGUCCAUAUAAACUCAGCAAAAAAAGAAACGUCCUCUGACCGUCAAUUGCGUUUAUUUUCAGCAAACGUAACAUGUGUAAAUAUUUGUAUGAACAUAAUUCAACAAGUGAGACGUAAACUGAACAAGUUCCACAGAAAUGUGACUAACAGAAAGUAACAUUCCGUGUCUGGUGUGGCCACCAGCUGCAUUAACCUCUCUGGGAUAUGUGGGACGGUUGCGUCCCACCCUCGCUAACACCCAGUGAAAGUGCAGGGCGCCAAAUUCAAAACAAAAAUCUCAUAAUUUAAAUUCCUCAAGCAUUCAAGUAUUUUACACAAUUUUAAAGAUAAAAUUCUUGUUAAUCCAGCCACAGUGUCUGAUUUCAAAAAGGCUUUACAGCGAAAGCACCACAAACGAUUAUGUUAGGUCAUCACCAACUCACAGAAAAACACAGCCAUUUUUCCAGCCAAAGAGAUGAGUCACAAAAAGCACAAAUAGAGAUACAAUUAAUCACUAACCUUUGAGGAUCGUCAUCAGAUGACACUCAUAGGACUUCAUGUUACACAAUACAUGUAUGUUUUGUUCGAUAAAGUGCAUAUUGAUAUCAAAAUAUCUCAUUUUACAAUUGCGCGUUACGUUCAGUAGUUCUAAAACAUGCAGUGAUUUUGCAGAGAGCCACAUCAAUUUACAGAAAUACUCAUCAUAAAUGUUAAUGAAAAUACAAGUGUUAUACAUGGAAUUAGAGAUAUACUUCUCUUUAAUGCAACCGCUGUGUCAGAUUUCAAAAAAACUUUACGGAAAAAGCACACCAUGCAAUAAUCUGAGUACAGCGUUCAGACAACAAACCAGCCAAAAAGAUAUCUGCCAUAUUGUGUAGUCAACAUUAGUCAGAAAUAGCAUUAUAAAUAUUCACAUACCUUUGAUGAUCUUCAUCAGAAUGCACUCCCAGGAAUCCCAGUUCCACAAUAAAUGUUGGAUUUGUUCAACAAAGUUCAUCAUUUAUAUCCAAAUAGCUUCUUUUGUUAGGGCUUUUAGUAAACAAAUUGCGGCUGCAGGUCCAGCCGAAAGUCUGCCGAAAAACUCAAAAAGUUCCAUUACAGCCCGUAGAAACUUGUCAAACUAAGUAUAGAAUCAGUAUAGAAUGUUCCAACCGGAGAAUUCUUAUGUCUGUAGAAAAGCAAUGGAACGAGAGCUAACUCCCUCGUGACCGCGCGUCACGAGCCUGUGGCACUCUGCCAGACACCUUGCUCAAUCCUCUCUCAUUCAGACCUCCUUCACAGUAGAAGCCUCAAACAAAGUUCUAAAGACUGUUGACAUUCAGUGGAAGCCUUAGGAAUUGUAAUAUGACCCUAUUUACACUGUAUAUUGGAAUGGCAAACAGUUGAAAAACUACAAACCGCAGAUUUCCCACUUCCUGGUUGGAUUUUUCUCAGGUUUUCGCCUGUCAUACUCACAGACACAAUUCAAUCAGUUUUAGAAACGUCAGUGUUUUCUUUCCAAUACUACUAAUAAUAUGCAUAUAUUAGCAUCUGGGACAGAGUAGCAGGCAGUUUACUCUGGGCACCGUAUUCAUCCAAGCUACUCAAUACUGCCCUUCUGUCACCAAGAAGUUAAGUACUGCAGUGCAUCUCCUCCUCAUGGACUGCACCAGAUUUGCCAGUUCCUGCUGUGAGAUGUUACCCCACUCUUCCAAGGCAGAUGCAGAACACUGACAUUCAUGUCUUGCAGUGAAUCAAACACAGAGCAAGCAGUAUGGCUGGUGGCAUUGCUAUACUGGAGGGUCAUGUCAGGAUGAGCCUGCAGGAAGGGUACCACAUGAGGGAGGAUGUCUUCCCUGUCAUGCACAGCGUUGAGAUUGCCUGCAAUGAUAACAAGCUCAAUCCGAUGAUGCUGACACACCGCCCCAGACCAUGACGAACCCUCCACCUCGAUCCCGCUCCAGAGUACAGGCCUUGGUGUAAUGCUCAUUCCUUCGACAAUAAACGAGAAUCCGACCAUCACCCCUGGUGAUACAAAACUGCGACUCGCCAGUGAAGAGCACUUUUUGCCAGUCCUGUCUGGUCCAGCGACGGUGGGUUUGUGCCCAUAGGCGACGUUGUUGCCUACAAGCUCUCAGUCCAGCCUCUCUCAGGCUAUUGCGGACAGUCUGAGCACUGAUGGAGUGAUUGUGCGUUCCUGGUGUAACUCGGGCAGCUGUAGUUGCCAUCCUGUACCUGUCCCGUAGGUGAUGUAACAACUCUUGCACAGUAUUAUAACACGUGGUCUGCCACUGUGAGGACGAUCAGCUGUCUGGCCUGUAGCACUGUCUUAGGCAUCUCACAGUACGGACAUUGUAAUUUAUUGCCCUGGCCACAUCUGCAGUCCUCAUGCGUCCUUGCAGCAUGCCUAAGGCACGUUCACGCAGAUGAGCAGGGACCCUGGGCAUCUUUCUUUUGGUGUUUUUCAGAGUCAGUAGAAAGGCCUCUUUAGUGUCCUAAGUUUUCAUAACUGUGACCUUAAUUGCCUACCGUCUGUAAGCUGUUAGUGUCUUAACGACCGUUCCACAGGUGCAUGUUAAUUAAUUGUUUAUGAUUCAUAGAACAAGCAUAGGAAACAGUGGUUAAAUUCUUUACAAUGAAGAUCUGUGAAGUUAUUUGGAUUUUUACGAACUAUCUUUGAAAGACCGGGUCCUGAAAAAGGGAUGUUUCCUUUUUUGCCGAAUUUAGAAAUGGUUUGUCAAGAUCCGUGUGGAAGAACUUGACUGGCCAGUCUAGAUCCCUGACCUCAACCCCAUCAAAUACCUUAGGGACGAAUUGGAACGCCGACUGCGAGCCUGGCCUAAUCGCCCAACCUCACCGUGGCUCAAUGGAAACAUGUCCCCGCAGCAAUGUCCCAACAUCUAGUGGAAAGCCUUUCCAGAAGAAUGGAGGCUGUUACAGCAGCAACUCCAAAUUAACACCCAUGAUUUUAGAAUGAGAUGUUCGACGAACAGGUGCCCACAUAAUUUUGGUCAUGUAGUGUAUUUACAUAUUAGCAUUAAUUCAAAUUAGGUGUAUUUUGUGACUUUUGGCAAAGGCUUUAUAAUGUUCUAAUGUUGAGCUGUUGCUACUGCCUGUAAACACACAAUCCAGUGUGUUUACAGGCAAUAUGAUGGCAGGCCCGUGUGCCAAACGCUCAGCUGCUUUCCCAUUUUAUAUUGGUAUAGAAUUUUCACAAUGCCUUACUCUACAUCAUUCCCAAACAUUAUAUUAAUGUUUGAAAACGCAAAAGUGCUUGCUUGUCAUAAAAAGUGUGGAAAAAAGGGAUCAUAUUUUUCCUAUGGGUGUUUAUGAAUACAUUAACAAGAUUUAAUGUUGCUAAAAUGAUGUCAGUUCCACUUUAAGCCACUAAUGCAUGCGUGUACACACACACACACACACACACACACACACACACACACACACACACACACACACACACACACCCACCCACACCCGGUUCGGCCAGAAAGUGACUCCCUUCCUACCACACACCUUACAAGCAUUUGGAAAGUAUUCAGACCCAUUCCCUUUAUCCACAUUUUGUUAGGUUACAGCCUUUACUCAGUACUUUGUUGAAACACCUUUGGCACUGAUUACAGCCUUGAGUACUCUUUGGUAUGAUGCUACAAGCUUGGCAAACCUGCAUUUGGAGAGUUUCUCCAAAUCUUCUCUGCAGAUCCUCUCUAGCUCUGUCAGGUUGGGUGGAGAGCGUCGCUGCACAGCUGUUUUCAGGUCUCGCCAGAGAUGUUCGAUCGGGAUCAAGUCCGGGCUCUGGCUGAGCCACUCGUGGACAUUCACAGACUUGUCCCAAAGCCACUCCUGCGUUGUCUUGGCUGUGUGCUUAAGGUCAUUGUCCUGUAGGAAGGUGAACCUUCGCCCCAGUCUGAGGUCCUGAGUGCUCUGGGACAGGUUUUCAUCAAGGAUCUAUCUGUACUUUGUACAGUUCAUCUUUCUUAACCUCUCUGCGCACGGAACCCGCUAGCGGGCUGAAAUUCCACAAGAUACGGUGAUCGCUACAUAAAUAGUCAUAUUAAACAUUCAUGAAAAUACAAGUGUCUCACAUGUAUCAAAAGCCUAGAAUCUUGCUAAUCCAACUGCAUUGUCAGAUUCAAAAAAGGAUUUACUGCGAAAUAAUACGAUGCGAUUAUCUGAGCAUAGAGCCCCAUAAAAAAACAACUAUUUCAACCAGCACAGGCGCAACAAAAUCACAAACAGCAAUAAAAUAAAUUGUUUACCUUUGACGAUAUUCGCCUGUUUGCAAUUCCAAUGCUCAUUGUUACACAAUGAAUGAUCUUUUGUUAGAUAAAAUCCGUUUUUAUAGCCUAACACGAAACGUUUUGUGAACCGCUUGUGUAGUGAUUUCCGUCUCAUUCCAUUUUCGACGACACACUCCAGUUAAAUCACCCACACAGAACGCGACUUUUCCAGUCAUGUUUGGUUUCACUGCAAUCAACUGGUUUGUUUGUAACACAAUCAAACCUGAUGGGCCAUUUCGCGGGACGUAUUGACUGAAAGAAACCGUUUUGAAGACAAGUAAUGACAUCAUUGUGCACCAAUGAUUUGCCCGCUGUUUCGUUGAUUGACUGUCUUUUAACCCAAUGACCACUGAUCGUCUUGAAAUCUAGCUGGGUAGAUCGCCAAUGAGCUGAGCUAAACGGCAAUACGCCAUGUUUAUGUGUUGCAAGACCAACCCAUGUCGUAAGCUCCAGCAUAAAGAGAGUCAUGCGCUAUUGAAUUUUCAUACCGGAAGGAGAAACACAUAUUGCGCAUUGCAUUGUUUUGUGAACACACAGAUUCAGCUGUUUAUAUAUAUCAAUAUAAGUCAAGUCUAGAUAUACAGAUGAACACACAACUUUAGAAUAAAUUGUUUGGGAAGGUGAGACAGAGAUUGUUGGAGGACGCUUCAUUUAGCGAUUGUGGAGGAAUAUUUUUUGAAAGGGAGAGGACAUCGUUUUGGACUGGUAAGUUCUUAUCAUGCUAAUGCCCUUGUUUGAAAUGAAUAAUAUAAAAUAUUAUUUGUGAUUUUUAUUUUAUUUUAGAAGCAAUAUAUAAACAUUUAAUGUCAUGAAAUGUGAGAUGCUUGUCUGCCGGCCCUCCCCAACCCACAUGAAAUCACAUCAAUGGUCAAAGUGAAAUGGAGACAGUAGAUACAGUUGGUCUGUUGUAAUAUAAUAAAGACAGUAGAUCUAGCUGGUCUGUCAUAAUAUAAUAGAGACAGUAGAUCUAGCAGGUAAUAAUAAUAUAAUAAUAAUAAUAUAUUUCAACCUUCAACUCUAUAUAUAUCUGUUUAUUAUACCUGUUGAUACAGGGCUCAUAUGUGAAACUAUUCUAACUGAACAUUUUCUUUCACAGUGACACUGACUCCGAAUGGGAGUCUUAUCUGGUGUCCUGUGUGAAUUUAAGUAUGCGCUCUCUAAUUCUCUCUCUCGGAGGACCUGAGCCCUAGGACCAUGCGUCAGGACUACCUGGCAUGGUGACACCUUGCUGUCCCCAGUCCACCUGGCCUUGCCGCUGUUCCAGUUUCAACUGUUCUGCCUGCGGCUAUGGAACCCUAAACUGUUCAUUUUUACUCGAGGGGCUGUCCUGUUGCACCCUCUACAACCACUGAUCUCCACCCGGCACAGCCAGAAGAGGACUGGCCACCCCUCAUAGCCUGGUUCAUAGCCCCUCAUAGAGGACUGAGGGUCUUCCAAAUAUUGAAAGUGUGUAAAUAGUUACCCAUGUUAUUUUGUAAAUAUAUAUAUAUAUUUAUUCAUAUUUUUUAAAUCAAUAAUUAUUUUUUCCCCCAUUUAAAAAAAAAAAACAUUUAUUUUUCUCAAUUUUUGGGGGGGGAGGGGUGUGUUAGAAUACCAUUUUGGUAUUUUGUUUAUAGUUGUUUGUUUCAAAAUGUAUACCUUCACCAAUUUGGCCACUUGGGUACAUUUGGGCUACUUGUGUGGGACACCUGGGUGACUUCAUGAUAAAUGUCAUGUAGCACACUCCUUUUGGAAGUUAUCAUUCAGAAACUUUGCACAAGUACUGUUGCCCUCUUAUAUUUUUCACUGAAAUUGUCCCCAUCAUCCUAUCUGAAUGUUUGUUUUUAUCUUGUUCAUUUUAAAGAUGAUACAAAAAUAAAAAUAAAAAACGUAUGUUUUUUUCAUUGUUUUAUCUAAACCAGAUCUAUUGUGUGUUAUUCUCCUACAUUCAAUUCACAUUUACACAAACUUCAGAGUGUUUUCUUUCAAAUGGUACCAAGAAUAUGCAUAUCCUUGGUUGUGUGCCUGAGCUACAGGCUGUUAGAUUUGGGUAUGUCUUCAGGCGGAAAAUGCACAAAGUAGGGGGGGGACUGCAAGAGGUUAUUAAGGCCUGAUUGUUAGAGUGCUGCAGAGAUGGUUUUUCUUCUGGAAGGUUCUCCCAUCUCCACAGAGAAACUCUGGAGCUUUGUCUGAGUUACCAUCGGGUUCUUGGUCACCUCCCUGACCAAAGCCCUUCUCCCACGAUUGCUCAGUUUGGCCGGGCGGCCAGCUCUAGGAAGAGUCUUGGUGGUUCCAAACUUCUUCCAUUUUACGAAUGAUGGAUGCCACUGUGUUUUUGGGGACCUUCAAUGCUGCAGAAAUGUUUUGGUACCUCUCCCCAGAUCUGUGCCUCGACACAAUCCUGUCUCCAAGCUUUAUGGACAAUUCCUUCGACCUCAUGGUUUGUUUUUUUCUCUGACAUGCACUGUCAACUGUAGGACCUUAUAUAGACAGGUAUGUGCCUUUCCAAAUCAUGUCCAAUCAAAUGAAUUUACCACAGGUGGACUGCAAUCAAGUUGUAGAAACAUCAAGGAUAAUCAAUGGAAACAGGAUGCACCGGAGGUCAAUUUCGAGAAUACUUACGUAAAUAAAAUAUUAGUUUCUUAUUUUUAAUAAAUUUUCAAACAUUUCUAAAAACCUCUUUUUGCUGUGUGUUUAUGGGAUAUUGUGUGUCGAUUGGUGAGGAUGUUAUUUAUUUAUUUAAUCCAUU